AAGGCCACCGUGGGACGGGGCGGCGGGGGACAGCCACCCCUGCGUGGACAGAGGGCUCCGUCGGGAGCCACGCAUCACCUGGCCCCGCAUCGCGGCGCAGCGGGCACGGUGCAACAACGGGUGGGGCCAGGCGGAGGACCAGGGCGACCCACAUCCCUCAGCGCUGUCGCACCUCCCGCUUGAGUUCAGGAAGGUUGGGGAGGAGGGUCUGCUUCCCCUCCGCGCUGCGGUGGGGCUCGGGACAAACCCGGGCUCCUCCCGACGUCUGCGGGGAGAAGGGUGGGGGAACGGCGGUGAGGCGGUGCGCGGACUCGGGGCUGACCGGGCCCUCCUGUCGGGCAGCGAGUGGGUGCGGGAGGGAGGGAGGGAGGGAAGGAGGGUCGAGGCAGGUGGCGGCUCCUCCUCCGCGGGCAGGCGGGCAGCCCGCCCGGGAGCGGCACCGGUUGCUCGGUGUCGGCGGGGCCGUGGCGCCCGCUAUAUAAGGGGCGGCGGCUGCUCACCGCUCCCUCACACCGGCCCCUGCCCGCGGGUGCUGGCGGUGGGCUGAGGCUGGCCCCCGACAGCAUGGCCCGCUGCGGGCCGCCAUGGGAGGUGGUCUCCCCCCCUGCCUCCCGCGGACCCUCCUCUUCCUUCUCCUCCCCCUGCUCCUCCCGCACCCGCGGCGGCGGCUGCAAACUUGCUGCGGCGGGCUGUGUGUGAAGGCAAGGCCCGGCGGGGCGGCUCCGCUGCCCUCGCAGCCGUCGUGCCCGCAGCCCGAGGGGCGAGGCCGCCGCCCGCGGGCAUGCAGCGCCACCGCUGCGCCCGUCGAGACGCGGUGUGGAGCUGCAGGCGGCAGGGCUACACCUAAGAGCGACCGGGCGAGAGCCCCAUGCCCAGGGCUCGCCGCGCUCCGGGAGGAGGCGGCGGGGCAAUGUGCUCGCGGGGCGAGCGGGCACGCCUGGCCACCGGCUUGCCGUGCUCCCUCGCCGGCGGGGAGUGAGACUUCGGGGACGCCCGCUCGCUGCUCCCGGAAGGGCGGGUGGGCGAGGGGUGGUGCCGGCGCGGCGAUGCUGCAGCCCUCCCUCGGUGCCGACGGGGUCCUACCGGGGUAGCGGCCCCGUGUGCCGCGCCGAGCCCCGCCAUCUGCGGGGGGGCGGCCGCGGAGGGAUGGAGCCGGCAGGACCCUGCCGGGCGCCGCCGCUCCCCGCCAACGACUCUUACCGAAACUGCAGCACCGAGGAAGGGAUCUACCAAGAUUCCACCCCUCUCUCCGGGAAGAUCGUGCUCGCCGUCGUCCUGGCGCUCGUCACCCUGGCCACAGUGCUCUCCAACGCCUUUGUCAUCGCCACGGUCUACCAGACGAGGAAACUCCACACGCCGGCCAACUAUCUCAUCGCCUCGCUGGCUGUCACCGACCUUCUCGUCUCCAUCCUCGUCAUGCCCAUCAGCACCAUGUACACUGUGACCGGCAAGUGGACGUUGGGCCAGGUCGUCUGCGAUAUCUGGCUGUCCUCGGACAUCACCUGUUGCACAGCGUCCAUCCUGCACCUCUGUGUCAUCGCGCUGGACCGCUACUGGGCGAUCACCGACGCCGUCGAGUACUCUACAAAACGGACUCCCAAGCGGGCAGCGGGCAUGAUCGCUCUGGUGUGGGUCUUCUCCAUCUGCAUCUCCAUGCCCCCUUUGUUUUGGCGGCAGGCGAAGGCUGAGGAAGUCUCUCACUGUGUGGUGAACACAGACCACGUCCUCUACACCGUGUACUCUACGGUGGGAGCCUUCUACUUCCCCACCCUGCUGCUGAUAGCCCUCUACGGGAGGAUCUACGUGGAAGCCAGGUCGCGGAUUUUGAAGCAGACUCCAAAGAAAGCAGGUAAAAGACUAACGCGGGCUCAGUUAAUCACAGACUCCCCGGGGUCGUCCUCCUCCGUCACGUCCAUAAACUCCAAGGCCCCCGAGGGAUUCAGCGAAACGGGCUCUCCCGUGUACAUGAACCAGGUGAAGGUGAAGGUCUCGGAUGCCCUCCUGGAGAAAAAGAAGCUCACAGCCGCUAGAGAGCGGAAAGCUACAAAGACUUUAGGGAUUAUUUUAGGAGCCUUCAUCGUCUGUUGGCUGCCCUUUUUCAUCAUCAGCCUGGUGUUGCCUAUUUGCAAGGACGCUUGCUGGUUUCACAUGGCCAUCUUUGACUUUUUCACGUGGCUUGGAUAUCUCAACUCCCUCAUCAACCCCAUCAUCUAUACUAUGUCGAACGAAGACUUCAAACAAGCUUUCCACAAACUCAUACGUUUCCGAUGCACAGGCUGAACGUUUUGAAUGCGAUGUGUCCUCCGAGGCUGCCCCCACGCACGCCCGUGCCCGGCGCCACAGAAUCAAGUUGCUAUUGUAAAGACCCACUGCUUGAAACUUCCCCAAGCCCAGUUGCCAGACUCAUGAUGCUGCAAAAACGUCAAUACAUACUGCCACCAAACUGCUCAGCUCUGCAUUUCAGUGUAAUGACUCUGGCAGAGAUGCUGUUCCAGUAGUCAUGCAGAUCAGUUGCAAAAAAAGAGGGCAGCCUCGAAUCAAGGUCUAUAAUUCAUCUGGACUGAAGAAAAAGUUUGAGAGUAAACUCCAUUUAUUUUGCAGGCUUAACUUCUUAAUUUGUUCUCUGGCCGGUUGUAGGGGUGUGCACAAGAGCACAGUUGUCUCUGUCUGUGUUGGUAGCAUAGUUGUACUUCUGCACACCUGUAAUUUCUUUCUUUCAGUGGAAAGAGUUGCUCCCUUCACAUAUGAGGCCAAGAGGAGAAAAAAAAGCAGUAUUUGAAAUAGGAGCAUCACAGUACAUUCUGUAAAUGACUCCUCCAGCUGAACAUGUGUGAGAAGUGACAGUGUGCAAAAGUUAUGUUUGUAUUUCAAAACAAUAGCAAAUGCUGUAGAAACCAGAGUUGUAGACCUGUUCAACUGCACUGCAUAUCUAUAGUCUGUCCUCAUAGUUGCAUUUGCAAAGUAAAUACUUCUUGCUUCUACUCCGUAACUCAAGAGCAGAAACCAGGAAGCCCAAUGACCUUUUCCAUAAACCAGCUGGGAAUAGAAAUAGCAGUUUGAUGUUGUAACCAUGUUUUCCAUUUUGUGUCAGUUGCACACCCUUACCGCAUGAACCACUGCGAAAUUUAGAAUUCUCUAAGUAAUUACAUUAUUUAGUGUAUUUUGUAAAGAAGUGAAGCAGUUUGUUCUCUCAGAAGAGCUGUGUCACCUGCAAAAUAAAUACCCAUGAAUCAUGAAUUAACUGAUGUUAGUGAAAUUACUCUCCUCCCUACUUCCCUCCUAUAGUUUUUCUUCUUUUUUUCUUCUUUUUUUGUCUCUGAUUUGACCUUAAGACAGGUCUGCGCAUAUUCAGCAGUCAGAGUUUUAGGAUAUGGUCCACCUGCUGUGAUAGAAUUGCAUUGAUUGUUCCUUCUAUGUGUAAAUGAAAAUGAGUAUAAACAAUAAAAUGCUUUACUGUGUUCUCAA